UGAGAUCCGUCAUCCGGCCAUAACACAGCGCGCGCGCUCCGGGGGGGCAGCUUUCUCUCUCAGCGACUGAGGGCUUCUCUUACUGACCCUGCGGCACAGCACAGCACAGCACAACACAACACAACACAAACAACAACACAAACAACACAAAACAACCCCCGGGAUCCGCGAAAUAUCAACAACACGGAGACAAUCCGCGCCACAAAAUGGGAAAUGAAGCAAGUUACCCUUUGGAGAUGUGCUCGCACUUCGAUGCUGAUGAGAUUAAGAGACUAGGCAAGAGGUUUAAGAAACUCGACCUGGAUAAUUCUGGCUCUCUGAGCGUCGAAGAGUUCAUGUCCUUACCCGAGCUCCAGCAGAACCCGCUGGUCCAACGAGUCAUCGACAUAUUCGACACGGAUGGCAACGGCGAGGUGGACUUUAAAGAGUUCAUCGAGGGUGUGUCUCAGUUUAGCGUCAAAGGUGACAAGGAACAGAAACUGCGCUUCGCGUUCCGGAUCUACGACAUGGACAAGGACGGCUACAUCUCCAACGGCGAGCUCUUCCAGGUGCUCAAGAUGAUGGUGGGGAACAACCUGAAGGACACGCAGCUGCAGCAGAUCGUCGACAAGACCAUCAUCAACGCCGACAAGGACGGAGACGGCAGGAUAUCCUUCGAGGAGUUCUGUGCGGUGGUCGGCGGUUUAGACAUUCACAAAAAGAUGGUGGUGGACGUGUGAACAGACGGAUGACCCCUUUCACCAAACGCCCCUCUCUCUCUCUCUCUCUCUCUCUCUCUCUUUUCUUCACUCUCCCCCUGUCUUUCUGU